CGAAUCCUCCGGCAUCCGCCCCGGCGGGCCGCCCCCGCCCGCGGCAGCCCCCAGAGCAGCGGCCCGGUACCGGCGCCUUCCCGGCGGGCGAGAGUGAGUCAUGGAGCUGCGUGUGGGGAACAAGUACCGCCUGGGACGGAAGAUCGGGAGUGGGUCCUUUGGAGACAUCUACCUGGGUGCCAACAUCGCCUCUGGUGAAGAAGUUGCCAUCAAGCUAGAGUGUGUGAAAACGAAGCACCCGCAGCUGCACAUUGAGAGCAAGUUCUACAAGAUGAUGCAGGGGGGAGUGGGAAUCCCGUCCAUCAAGUGGUGCGGAGCCGAAGGUGACUACAACGUGAUGGUCAUGGAGCUGCUGGGGCCCAGCCUGGAGGACCUCUUCAACUUCUGCUCCCGCAAGUUCAGCCUCAAGACGGUGCUGCUCCUGGCCGACCAGAUGAUCAGCCGCAUCGAGUACAUCCACUCCAAGAACUUCAUACACCGCGACGUCAAGCCCGACAACUUCCUCAUGGGGUUGGGGAAGAAGGGCAACCUGGUGUACAUCAUCGACUUUGGCCUGGCCAAGAAAUACCGGGACGCCCGCACCCACCAGCAUAUCCCCUACCGGGAAAACAAGAACUUGACUGGCACUGCCCGCUAUGCCUCCAUCAACACCCAUCUGGGCAUCGAGCAAAGCCGUCGAGACGACCUGGAGAGUCUGGGCUACGUGCUCAUGUACUUCAACCUGGGCUCCCUGCCCUGGCAGGGCCUCAAAGCGGCCACCAAGCGCCAGAAGUACGAGCGCAUCAGCGAGAAGAAGAUGUCGACGCCCAUCGAGGUCCUCUGCAAAGGCUACCCCUCCGAGUUCUCAACAUACCUCAACUUCUGCCGCUCGCUGCGGUUCGACGACAAGCCCGACUACUCCUACCUGCGCCAGCUCUUCCGCAACCUCUUCCACAGGCAGGGCUUCUCCUACGACUACGUCUUCGACUGGAACAUGCUCAAAUUCGGGGCUUCCUCGAGCCAGGCUCAGCCCCGUGACAGCGAAGCUAUUGCACUGCCCUGCCCCCGCCCCUGUCCCUGUGCCGGGCCCACGUACCCACCCUCUUACUGGUGCCCGGCGCCCCUGGGCACCCAGGGCCCUCCAGAUAGGCCCGUGGAGGAGGUGGAGGAGCUGCCCCCCCAAAACUACUGGCCCGUGGUCUGGACUCCAGGGCCCCAGUUCUGACGUCACCAGGUGUGUCUGAGCCCAUCGGGGCCAGGCCUGAGGAGGUGUCCCUUGGCGUGGUGGGGUGCGGUGGAGAGGGGGUGGUGGAGAAGGCCCUGCCGGGAGCUUCUUGGGGAUGAAUCAGCAGCUGCCUGACGAACAGAGCCUGAAGGAGGGAUGAUGUUCACCCGCCCCGGAGGGCCUGGUGGGAACGGGCGCCGGGAGCGGCUUCAGCAAGACCCUGACGGUGGCCUCUGUAUCGAACCUGAACUCAUUAAACGCCCCCCACCUGUACUGCGCUCCAUCCUGGUGUGCCUGUCCUUUCGUGGCGGAUCCCCUCGGCUCGCUCUGCCAGACGCUCAGGACGCGAGGCCUUAUUCUCUUGGACGCUGGGGUCGGCGCUGGGUCUCGCGCCCCUCUUCUCUCUGGGUCUCAGGCAGUGGCCUGGUACCGUUCCCUGAGGAGUUCGACAGAGGUCGGGCAGAGAACAGCGGUCUCACAGGCCAAGGGACCCGAGGGGUAGGGGUGGGAGAUGGGCAGUGGGGCACCUUACAACCCAGACCUUGCAGCCGGGAGUGUGGCCGAGGGCCGGCUCUUCUCGCCGGAGGGCGUUGCUCGAGGCAUCUGGCCGCCGGGCACUCACUCAUCUUUGUGGAAAGUCAUUCCUGGGUCUGGUUCGGGGAUGGGCUCGGCCCUUCCUCUCCGUGUAGCUCCAAGAACGGGUUUUACAUUGUCUCGGCUUGUGCCAGGCAGUAUGGUAGCCCCUGGCUCCGUGUGGCUGAUUUUUAAUGAAUUAAAACGAAAGCUGAAAAUGUAGUCCCUCAGUUGCAUUUGCUACAUUUCAAGCCCUCAGGAGCCACAAGCGGCUGGUCAGUGGCUACCAUAUCCAGCAAGGUAGACGUGAACCUUUCCGUCAUCACAGAAAGCUCUGCUCUAGAUGGCUCCUCACAGAGCCUCUCGUGGGACCAUCUGGCUGGCGACAUCUCACGUCAAGCCAGGCCAAGAGCACCCUCCCCGCUCACUGCUGCCACUCCGAGCCCUUCCUGGGGUCCCUUGAGAGGCAAGCUCUCGAGUCGGAAGCUGAGCAGAGGUGCCAGCAGCCUCAUUCUGCACCGAUCUCUGACUCGGCCUGGGCUGGAUCAGCGGGCGCCUUUGACGCCGUCACCGUGGUGAGCUCGACCGUCUUCACCUGCCCUUUGGCGGAAGCAUCUGCAGACCUGUGACGGGGACCUUCCGUGCCUUCACCUCAAGGCCAGGCCCCCCGGUGCCGUUACCAGCACCUACCUGCAGACCGGACACCGUGCUGGGCACAGAGGGCCACGGGAAGGAUCUUGCCCUUGACUGAGAGCUUCUCUCCCUGAAGUGGCCGCCCCGUUCAGCAUCAGGGCCCUGGAAUCCCUGGAUACCUGGAGCCUGGGACAUUGCUCUCAGCACACAGAGCCGCUGUGUUCCAAGGUCCAACCAGCAGGCCAGGAGGAUACUCCAUAUAGCCAAGGACAGGGGUCCACACGACAGGGCUGGAUGCUUGUGUGACUUUGAUGUUGACCUUUUGUGUUUUCUGUGGGCAAAUAAAAGCCAAGAAACCUC